CUACACAAAAAUUUUCCACUCAUUUUUUUCGCUGAUUAAACAUUAAUGAUUAUAUUUUGCUUUUCACAUGACCGUAAUUUAACUAUUCAAUAAAAUGACGUCAUAUCUGAUGCAGAGCCUCCCGGGCGGUAUCAAGAUGAAUGAAAUAAUCACAAAAAGGACAGUGCUGUCGGUAGCUGCCGGAAUCGGAAUAGGCAUAGUGUUUGCGAAUUUUGUGAGAUACUGGCGACAAAAACGAGAAGCAAAAGUUCCGCAAUCCAUAAUUGAAGAAAUAGGAAAAGAUGCAGAUAUUAUCGUUCCAUCUGCCCCAUCACUCCGUAGAAGCCAAAGCGGCCGUGGAAUGCGUCCUCCGUCUUCUCAAGGAGAACGCUCCAGUUUGAGAAAUAGUAUUCGUCAAAAUUCUCAGCGUAGUAUGAAUCCAAUUGAAGCAGACAUCACAAGUGGUCAAGAACUUUGCACAGAACUACGAAAGACUAUAGAAAAAGUCCAUCAUAAUCUAGAAAUGGUUAAAAAUAGGAGUAGCAAAGACAUGGAGAGAUCAAUAAAAAUUGAAGGCAUUCUGAAAGGAUUGAAACAAGUUGAAGAUGAAAUUGUCCUUCUGGUCCCUCAAAUGGAAGACUUCCGAGAUGAUAACAUGGAGUUCUAUUCUGUCAGUGGUGGUUCAGGCUACGCCGGAAGCGUUCGAACAGGAAGAUCACGAACUCUUUCUGUCCUUUCCGAUGAUUCAUUCCGUUCUGCAGUAGAAGAAUUUGCAUGUGACAUUGACGAUAUCGAUUUUGUUAGUGAUGCAGCGAAUUUGGAUAAAAAUGAACUGCGAUUUUUGGAUGAAGGAAUGCAAGCGGCGUUAAAUGGAGAAGUAAAGUAUAGAAAAAGUCGAAUGGAAUUCUGCAAGUGUGACAGUGAAACAGACUUUGCUGCCAAGUUAUACUGUGUUAGGCAAGCUCUCACGAACGCUUUGAAAGACGAGCACAAACGUGUAUGGCUUGCGAAAUGUGGCCGAACUCUCCUCGCUGAUUUUAUUCGUCACACGAAACAGGAUCCUGUGAAGUUCUUUAAUGCCUACGAUGAGAUGCUGGAAUAUGUAUCAAAUGACCGUAAUGAAGAGCAGCUCAGACAAGACGUCGAAGGCCGAGGUGUUUGUGAAACUGGCUUUUAUGAUGUCGCAAUCGAUUUUAUUAUCCUCGAUGCAUUUGAAGACUUAAAAUCACCACCUUCUGCAGUUUAUUCCGUCACCAAGAAUUAUUUUAUGUCGAUGUCCAUGAAGUACUCUACUCUCAACACUAUCAUCUGGUCUAUCAUUAAAUCAAAGCGUCAAAGACUGAAAAAUCCUGAUGGUUUUAUUGCAAAGUUCUACAAUAUAUCGGAAACUGUGAUGCCGGCCAUCACUCUCGGCUUUUUGGGAACUGAUGAACGCCUCGGAGAAUUGUGUCAAUAUUUUAAGGAACAAGUUGUACAGUUCGUACUAGAUGUUUUCAAUACACAGAAGGUUUGCUAUCGAUCGUUAGAGGAGAUGUCAGAAGAUGUUUGGAUUGUGAUGCGUAAUCGAUUAGAAGCAGUUCAGACAAGAAUGAGCAACGAACUACUGCCCGCCUAACACUGAAAAUUCAAUUUACAUAGACAUUCACGGGUUCUUCAUUCCCAUCUCAACACUUUUUUAUAGCUACGUAUUUUCUUUCUUGUGAUUUCUUGCUUUAUUGUUCCCUCACAGUUCGCUUGUUGUUAUUUUUGUUAGAUACUCUGAAGUUAUAGAAUUUCAGCCUAGAUUUACAAUUAGUAUGAAUUUUUAUUGUCAAAAAA